UCCACAGUUACUCCUUGAUUAUGGUUUUCUCUAUCAAUUAAUCUUUACAAAAAUGGCGGAUACUGAUCUUGUUGGAAGAAGAUUUGCCAUUGCUGUCUUAGAAAGCAUGCCUCCCAACUACAUUGAGGCAUUGAUUCAGAGCAAGGCCCCUGGAUGGAAGGGUAGACAUUUGCUCCCGGCACAGCACAAAAUUAUUUUAAGAAGAAGGAGCAGUUUACCGCCUCUCUACAGAGACGUUCAAGCCUGGCCAUCCACUACUCAGUCCCUCACAAAACAACUCAGACACUGGAGAGCUAGAACAAUGGCCCACAUGCAGGUCAUGGGAGAUGAUUUUUCAGCUAGAUACACCCUCUUUACUGAGGACAGUAUUCAGAAAAUUUAUCUUGAUCCUGAUGUGUUUAUUCAUAGUCAGAGUCAAAGAGAGAUUUCCUUCUCACCUCAAACAAGUUACACUCAGCUACUCGAUAUUUACUCUGAGGAAUAUAAAAAUGGUGAAGAUCAAUACGAAUAUCGCGACGCUGAUUUGGGUGACGACCUUCCCAAUGAUUACCCAGAUGAUCCAGAGGAUAUAGCCUUUUAUGAUGAUCUUGACUCAGUUGGGUGGGAAAAUCUCGAAAAUCAAAUGGAGGGAUAAUAAGUCAGACAAAGGAACAGGCAUGCCUCACUCCAAAGUGAUUGUCAUGAGACAUGUUCCGCAAAAGCCGGUUACUUUUUAUCUUUCCCAAAAGAUAAAGAUGACCGACUUCAGUUACCUCUGUAAAUAACCUUAGGGUUAGUUAACCAUAGUUAGUUUUAUGUAACUAGAGUUACUUUUACUGCAGUUACUUUGUAACCCAGGUUAGUUUUUCUUUCUUUAAUAUGCCUUCUUAGAAGUAGAAGUCAUGGUUGGAAAGAAAGGUAGAAAGAUUAGGAAGUAGGAAGUAGAGAGAGUCUGCUCAAAGGGCGUACUCAGCUACUCAAAUCCUUUGUAAUCUGCACUCUUUCAAGUAUGUAUAAAAUAUAUUUCCAGUUAAUUU